UCUGUCUGUCUCGUCUCUCCUGCAGGAGCAGCAGAAGCAGGUGGAGGACCCCAGCAGAGAGGUGAAGAAGGUGCGUAAGGCUCGUAACCGCCGUCAGGAGUGGAACGUCCUGGCCUACGACAAAGAGUUCAGACCAGACGCCCGCCUCACCCCCUCCCCCUACCACGGCAUGUCCUCAGAGGGGUCCCUGUCCCCUGAUAGCAGGUCGAUGACCUCUGACUCCUUCCCAGCGUCCCCCUCCCACCCCUCGACCCAGGUGCCGAGCACCGUGCACCCCCCCGACCACGGCCGGGAGCACCUCAGCGCCGCGGCCCAGACUCAAUCUCUGGACCGGAUCCUGCGGCCCCCCAGCGGGCCCCCCGGGGCCGGAGGAGCGGCCGCACCGGGGCGCCACGCCGCCUCUCUGGGCCGAACGCCUUCAGGAGCUCAGCCCGGAGGAGAACCGGCUGUUAACGGGCCGAGGCAGCCGUCCGUUAAAGAGUACCGGGCCGGGCACGG